ACGGCCCAAAAGUCCCCAAGCCGACGCAAAAAAUCCAACCCAAAACACUGCCGUCGCAGGGGUCGAUGGACACCGACCUCGGUGGCGCGUCGGCCGCCGGCAUGGACGACGCGGAGGCGGCCUUCUUCGCGCGCCGGGGCCGCCGGUGCUGCUGCUUCCCAUGGCCCACCUCCUCCUCUCAUCAGAGGGUCGGAGCGGUGGCGUCGGGGUCGGAGGAGGAGAGCUGGUGGCAGCGCGCGGUGGACGCGGUCCUCAAGGUGCGCGAGUGGUCCGAGCUGGUGGCCGGGCCGCGGUGGAAGACCUUCAUCCGGCGGUUCAGGCGCAACGGACCGCCGCGGCCGCACCAGCACUUCGGCCGCAAGCUCAACUACGACGCGCUCAGCUACGCGCUCAACUUCGACGAGGGCCACGGCGCCAGCCCCGAGGGCGACUACACGGGCUACCGCGACUUCUCCGCCCGCUUCGUCGCCCCGCCGCAAUCCGCCAAGUCAUCCAUGGACCUGGGAGGUCGAGACGCGCCCCCGCUCUUCAACCCACCGCCCCACGACGGCGCAGGCCGGGCGUGACCGCUCGGUCUCCGUACACCGUCCCAUCGGUCAUCGCCUCGUCGGAUCGGAGAGGAAGGCUGGUUGGUCGAAGGACGGCGGAAAGAUGGUGCCCUUUUCGCGAUUGAUUCCAUUCCGCGGGCGUGAUGGUAAAUGGUGAGAGAGAUCGCUGCUUUCUUCCCCUUCCUCGGUUCCGUUGAUUGGAUCACCACUUUGUAAAAAAGAGACUUUUGUAUUCGCUGUCAUCUUACUACUGCUGUAAUGAAUUCGUUCAUCCUGUCCCA